AUGCCGAGUGAUGCAGAGAAGACCAGGCUGGGCCCAAGAUGCCCUUCUCCUGUGACAGAGAAUGUGAUCCACGGGCCUGUGCAUAAACAGAUCAACGAUUAUGUAGAAAAGGGAACCCAAGGAAAAAUUGUGGAUUUGGUCAAAGAACUUAGCGAAGACGCACUUUUAGCUCUGGUGAAUUACAUUUUCUUUAAAGGCAAAUGGGAGAAGCCCUUCAAUGUUGAGUUGACCACAGAGGAGGACUUCCAUGUGGACGAGAACACCACAGUCAAGGUGCCCAUGAUGAACCGCCUGGGCAAGUUUGAUGUCCACCACUCUGACACUCUCUCCAGCUGGGUGCUGCUCCUGGACUACGUGGGCAACACCACCGCCUUCUUCAUCCUGCCCGACCAGGGGAGACUGAAGCACCUGGAGGACACGCUCAGCAAGGAAAUCCUCGCCACGUUCCUGGAAAAGAGAUCCUCAAGUUUCGUCAAUUUACGUUUGCCCAAACUGUCCAUUUCUGGAACCUACAAUCUUAAAACCGUCUUGGGCAACCUGGGCAUCACCAAGGUCUUCAGCAACCAGGCUGACCUCUCGGGGAUCACUGAGGAAGUGCCCCUGAAGGUGUCUAAGGUGAUGCACAAGGCUGUGCUGACCGUCGACGAGGAAGGGACUGAAGCUGCCGGGGCCACAGGGAUGGAAAUCAUGCCCGUGUCGUUACCCCCAGAUGUGGAGUUCAACAGGCCCUUCGUCUUAAUCAUCUACGACAGAUACACCAAGAGUCCCCUCUUCGUGGGAAAGGUGGUGGAUCCCACCAAAACGUAACUUCCUCUCUGGUUUAGCCCCCACACCAGGCCAG